AUGGCCUUGAAACGAAAGGCCUCCACAGAAGAGGUCUCUCCGACCAAACGGCGGCAACAGCCUCUUCUGGACCAUGAUGAUCCAAUUUAUGAGGAAGUGCAUUCCGACGCUGAGUACUCGGGAUCGGAGACACCCAGCCUUAUUAGCGAUGACAUUAACGAUACUCCUGCGACACCAAUCUCCACGACAUCCUCACGAUACCCGUCUGAGCUGAAAACUCACCGCUGUCCGUUCGAAGGUUGCUCCAAAGCGUUCAAUCGCCCUGCCCGGCUUCAAGAACACAUUCGGUCGCAUAAUAAUGAGCGAGUCUUCCAAUGCAAUUUUGAAGAUUGUGACAAGACUUUUCUACGUGCUUCUCACCUCCAACAUCACGUGAAGAGUGCUCAUACUGGAGUCCGUGAUUAUGUCUGCGAUCGCCCAGGUUGUGGGAAGAGUUUCGUCACUGGAUCCCGUCUUCGUCGCCAUCUCGCCGCGCAUGAUGGUCGAGACAAAUACCGCUGUACCGAGUAUCCACCUUGCGACGAGACUUUCCGAAAGCAUUCUACCCUUCAAAAGCACAUCAUAAUGGUCCACCUGCACCAAAAACCAUUCCCAUGUACUGAUGUCGAUGAGCACACUGGACAGCAAUGCCAAAUGGCAUUCGACACUGCUGGGAAUCUCCGAGCCCACAGGAGCCGAGUACACACCGAGAAACGUUUCAGCUGUACGGAAUGCUUUGGGUGCCACCAGGAGCAAUCGUCAAACGUGGAUUUCACUGGGAAUCUACCCGAUCAGUCUUUCACGUUUCCCACUUACGCGCUCUUACAAGCUCAUAUUCGCACGGCACACCCUCCAAAAUGUCCUAAGUGUCCCAUUACUUGUUCCACAUCUCGUGAAUUACGUCGCCAUCUCGAAGUCACACACGGUGACGUCAGUCUUGAAGACAGGAAGAUCUUCAAUUGCACUGUGGACGGCUGCGACCGCAGCUUUACCAAAAAGGGCAACCUGACUGUUCACAUUCGAACAUUCCACGAAGGCGAGAAGCGCUUUGCAUGUGGCGAGACAGAUCUCUCUGCCUCCAACAAAGUGACCGGUUGGGACGGUUAUGGUUGUGGCAAGCGCUAUGGCACCAAGCUCGCUCUCGAGGAACAUAUUCGCACGUCACAUAUGGGAUUCAAAAAUUCCAAGGCAGAGCGGCGUGAAAGACUUGGUCUGACAAAUAAGCCUAGCAAUUCCCACCAGAUCUCGACGUUGGCAGCUCUCACGGGCCAGGGCUACGUGGAAGAAACAGGCCGCCACAUCGCUUGUUUCUAUGAAUCCUGUGAGCAUCGAUUUCACCGUGACUAUGACCUGUGGGUACACAUGGCUGCCAAGCAUGGCUGUUCCGAGGAUCAAGUACAAGCUCUUUUCAUGCAGCGGGCCCUUUUGUCUGAUCAAUCUGGCCCCGGAGGAAACGCGCUCGGCAUUUACGGUCUCGAAUUCGACCAGAGCUUUGCUAGUACGACGAAUAUGUCUCUUCCAACUGAGUCGCAGACCACGCUAGACCCGGAAAUGUUGAUGCAACCCGAUUUUUCCAUGAAGAUGGAGAGAGAUAUGGAUUCCAUGAUACCUGGCCACAACGAGAUGGCCUCAAUGGACCCAGCUCAGACAUAUUAUCUGAUGGAAGAGUGA